AUGGUCUGGAGAAGAGCGUCUCUCUUCUCACAGUAUCGGAGCUUCUCCUCAGCGCGGUGCCUGCAACAUCGAAUUAAGUACUUUGGGAAUGAGCCUGCCUGUCCCGAAGUGAAAACGGCUCUUCCUGGUCCCAAAGCCCAAGCUGCGACCAAGAAUCUAAACAAGGUCUUCGACACUGGGAGCUUGAACCUCUUGGUGGACUAUCGCAGGAGCACAGGAAAUUACAUUGUCGACUGCGACGGAAAUGUCUUCCUUGACGUCUUUGCCCAGAUAUCCUCUAUCCCCCUCGGAUAUAACAAUCCACGCUUGGCGAAGGCUGCAUCGUCCCCAGAGAUGGUCAACGCCAUCAUCAAUCGUCCAGCGCUAGGACCUUUCCCGCCUGUUGACUGGGCCGAAAUUCUCGAGACUGGCCUACUCCGCGCUGCCCCAAAGGGACUGGACCAUAUAUUCACGGCCACCACCGGUUCGGACGCCAAUGAGACCGCCUACAAAGCUGCAUUCAUCUGGCGGCGAACACAAGAACGCAACGGCGCCCCUUUUACGGAAGAGGAGCUUGCUUCUUCCAUGGAGAACAAGGCCCCCGGAGCUCCUAGCUAUUCCAUCCUGAGUUUUUCUCGCGGUUUCCACGGCCGUCUGUUUGGCAGUCUCUCCACCACCCGGAGCAAGGCCAUUCACAAGAUCGAUAUUCCAGCAUUCGAUUGGCCCGUUGCGCCCUUCCCCAGGUUGAAGUACCCGCUGGACCAGCACGCUGCCGAGAACGAAGCCGAGGAACGGCGCUGCCUGAGCGAGGUGGAGCGUAUCAUCGACAGCUUCCCAAACCCCGUCGUAGCGGCCGUCGUCGAGCCCAUCCAGUCCGAGGGUGGUGACAAUCAUGCCUCGCCAGCCUUCUUCCGUGGGCUUCGUGAAAUCACGAAGCGAAAGGGCAUCUUGCUUAUUGUUGACGAAGUGCAGACUGGCGUUGGCGCAACUGGCCGCUUUUGGGCUCAUGAGCACUGGGCGCUGGAGACGCCACCUGAUAUUGUAACAUUCUCCAAGAAGGCUCAGGCAGCGGGCUUCUUUUUCCGAGACCCCUCGCUUCGCCCCGAUAAACCUUAUCGCCAAUUCAACACUUGGAUGGGGGACCCUGCGAGAGCCCUGCUAUUCCGAAGCAUUUACGACGAAAUCAAGGAUAACAACCUCGUAGAACAAGCUGCCCGCGUCGGUAACUACCUAUAUACUAAGCUGGAGGAGCUAGCUCGUCUCUACCCCCUCGAGAUAGAGAACCUGCGUGGAAAGGACCGCGGAACUUUCAUCUCGUGGGACAGCCCUCGCAGAGACGAGAUCCUGAGGAAAGCCAAACUACACGGCGUCAAUAUGGGUGGCAGCGGCGACAGAGCGAUCCGGCUCCGGCCAAUGACUGGCGCAUCCGGCUACAUUGGUGGCCAAGUACUCGCCGGGCUCGUCAGGAGCGAAGCAAACUUCACCAUCAGUGCUCUCCUACGCGACCAGGACAAAGCCAAUAUUGUCGCGAGAGCAUUCCCUAAUGUCAACCUGGUUUUAGGCGACCUAGAUGAUGUCGAUAUCAUCGACAGGGAGGCUUCCAAGGCGGACAUUGUGCUACCCUACUGGGUUCAAAUAUCUGGCGCUUCGGCCCUCGCGGCACCGGAGCUAGCUUCUUCGACUUUCGUACCAGGUGCCCCGUCGGCCGAAGUCUUCGAUGAUGUCGCCGACGUUGCUCGAAUCCGCGAGCUGCUCAGAGCCCACCCCAGUCGAGCGGUCGACAACUUUGUGCUAGACGUCAUGGCCGAAGACUCCGGCAUCAAGGCGGCAGUAAUAUUCCCGCCCGUUGUCUACGGACUAGGAGAAGGCCCCGUCAACAAACGUAGCGUCCAGAUCCCUUCGCUAGUUCAAGCCACCGUUGAGCGGGGACACGCCAUCACGGUCGGCAAGGGACUUAGCCGCUGGGGCAACGUGCACGUAAGAGAUCUGGGAAAGAUCAUUGUCUCCUUGGCCAUUGAAGCUGCUAGUCGACGCCCCGAUGAGCGCGUAUGGGGCCAGGAUGGCCUCUACCUCUGUGGCGUUGGUGAGAUGAGCUUUGGAGAGAUCUCCGACAGAGUAGCAGAAGCAGCAGCGCAGCAAGGUCUAAUCGAGGCAAGCGGCUCGGCUGAAGAACUCGACAAGGCGGAAGCUGAUGUUGCCCUUCCCCAUGGGUCGAUUCUUUUCGGGACGAAUGCCAGGAGUAGAGCGCGUCGUGCGCGAGAGGUGCUGGGCUGGGAGCCACGAGAAGAGGGCCUAGAAGCGGAAAUUCCAAGGGCCGUAGCCGAGGAAGCAAAGCUAUUGGCUGAAGGCGGAUCGUCCUAG